UGUUUAUUAAAUUGUAUAUUCACAAUAUUCUUGGCAUUUGUUUUUUGGCAAAAAACCAAUAACUAACUAAAGUUCAAUCAAGAAACAUACGGAAUCUUUUUGUGUAUCUGUUUCUAUGUAGUAGUAGCAGCUUUUUGUUUCUUGGCACCUGAUGGCAUGUUGGUUUAUGAUUUGCAAAAAAAAAAAAAAAAAAAAAUGGGAUUUUUGUUUGUCUUUGAAAAAAAAAUGAAUAGAAGAAUCUUUUUGUGUAUCUGUUUCUAUGUAGUAGUAGUAGCAGCAGCUUAGCUGAGAUUUGUUUUGUGGUGAGUAUUGAGGAAAGUGGGGAUUUCUAAAUAGGUAUGCCAGUAGAGAAGACUAGUAGAUUAUGGGAGAUGGGGAUUGGGUCCCUUGUGUUUCUUUGGAAAUCAAAUGAAGCGUCACUUUGUCCCUACUGUAUUAUAUUUCUAUUUUUUUAUAUAUGUGGACAGGUCAGCUUUUUAAUUUUUAUGACACAAAUAUUCUAGUUUUUUCCUUCUUUUUUAUUCAUCAUCUGAAUUUGUUUUGUCUUUUAUCGUCUGGUGGGUUUACAAGAUUAUUUAACUUUAAUUUAAUUUGAUUCAACGUAUAUGGGUUAUUCUCUUUUCUUCAGUUUUCAAAUCUAGUUGACAAUUUAUCCAUUCUUUUGUCAUGAUUUUUGACUAAGGGACUAUGAGAAACAACCAUUUUACCUGCACAAGAUAGGAGUAAAGUUUGCGUACGUGGACACUAUCCUUCCUAAACCCUUACUUGUAGAAUUACACUGAAUAUGUUAUUGUUAUUGUUAUUGUUAUGUUAUGAUUUUUUCUUGUGGUGUGUUACUAAAUAUUUUAGGAGUUUCAUUCUAUCAUUGUCUUAUUUGGCUUUUGAGUCCAAUAUUAACCGGCCAAGGAAAAGAGUCUACUAUUUGGCUUGCAACUAUUAAGUUAACAGAGUAUGUUGUCAUUAGAAUUGUUUAGGUACAACCAUGAAUGUAUAAUUUUUUUGGAAGGUCUAUAUCUUUUUUUACCCCAAAUGUUCCAAUUAGUGGUUUUACUGCUUAAGUUUUGUUAAGUACUCUAAGUAACAAAGCAUAUUUUAUAAUUAUAGUAUAUUUUAUCAACUUUUAUGAAUUUUGGCAAAAUGGGUACAACUACAAAAGCAUUUAUAAACCAACCUUAAAGAGAUAAUAACAUUCACAAGACAUAUCCCCCAGCUUCUCAUGUUAAUAACCAUAUCAAGUCCAAAAGACAACUCCAUUAGCUUUGUCUCAACUGUAAGGAGUAGUUACUAGUAUCAAGCUUCAAUCAAGAUUGACACCAUCCUAAUUAUCUUGACAAAAUGACCUGCAAGACUGAAUUGGUGUAUUAUUACUUAUACAUUGCUUGGUGUUGUUGUACGCACAUCUAACUUUUUAAGAAAUUGGAAGUUUGGUCUCUCAGCUACUUACCAUUUUAAAUUUUGGUUCAUGUAUCAUGUAAUUUUUGUUGUGUUAGUCUAUAUGUUAUGAUCAUUAGAAUUAUAUAUUUCAGUUAUGGAACAAGCUAGCUAAAACGAUACAAGAACGGAUACGCGGAAACGAGAAAUUAAGAAGAUAAACAAAAGGAAAAGAAAAGAUACAAAGAAACUAACUAGGAAUUCAAAAGGGACAAGGAAAUUAAAGGAUAAGUAAGUUGACACAAAGAGAAAUACCAAUUGGCAACCAAGGUUCUAUAUAAUCAAGACCUCCAAUUGAGUAAUCACAAGCACCAAACUUCUUAAGGUGACCUCAAGGGAAACAAAGUCCCAAGCAACCGACCUUCUCAACAAAGAAUUCAACCAAAAUCUUCAACAAGCUCUCAUCUCUCAUUCUCCCAAUGGAGUCUUACAAUUUCACAAUUUCAAUAUUUCACAUCAUCAAAGUCUCCCUAAUGAAAUAAACUAAGGUAGUAUUUAUACUAGAUAGAAAAGGAAGACAACUACAUUAUUACAAUAAUACCCUUAAUGAAGUAAGGGCCUUGUUUGGUUGGUAGUCUUCUCAAAAGAUGAGAAAAGGCCUUCUUCUCCCUACUUCAUCCAAAUGAGGCCUAUACUUCCAUUUUAGCAUAUUCUUGAGCUUCAUGCCUUCAAUCCAAGCACCUAGUAAGUCUCCAAAGACGUGAUCCCUAGCUCGGCUUGAUGUGCAUAUUCUUGAUGAAGCUCGGCUUGUAUCAUGCUGGAUGGGAAGGCAUAGCACAUGAUGCACGUGUUCUAAUGGAGAUUGUGUCUAAUCCAGAGAAUGGCUUUCCAUUUCCUCCACCUAAUAAAUACUAUCUAUGUGAUGCGGCAUAUUCUAAUACUCGAGGAUUUCUAGCACCGUAUCGUAAUAUUCGAUAUUGGUUAGGAGAUUAUCAUCGUAGGUGUGCCAUAACUAAGGAGGAAAAGUUUAAUCAUGCACAUGCACAGCUUAGAAACGUUAUCGAACGUUAUUAUGGAGCCCUGAAAGCAAGAUUUCCUAUAUUGGACAAGAUGGCCCCAUACCCUAUUAAUAUCCGAAGAGAUGUUGUUAUUGCAUGCUUUGCAAUUAAUAAUUUUAUCAGAAAGGAGCGCAUCAAUGAUGACUUAUUUAAUCAAUUUGACACACCUCAAGUAAUCUUUUAUGAAAAAGGACAACAAGAAGAAGCAUUGGAUGAAACGAAUGGACCUAGUUGGACAACUAAAGAUUCUCAGAUAAUGACCGAUAUGCGGGAGCAACUUGCACUCCAACUAAUGCAAAGAAGAUGAAAUACUUGAGAGUUCUAUAUUUAAGUUAUUUGAACUUUUUUCUCCAGU